AAUUAUGUAAAAUAUGAUUAAGUUUUAAUUUUGCGCAACCGUCCUUUGAAUCAUCCGCUUCAAAAUCUUCCUAGACAUAGCCAUACUGACCGUUGGAUGAAUGUCCCCCCAGAAGAAGUUCUCAUCAUCAUCUUCUUCAUCUUCGACUGUAAAAAUCACAAUCUUCAGAAAACCCUAGCUCCACCAUCCUACUCCAUUUCCGGCAGCCACGCGACUCCUCUCCCAAAUUCAUCUUCUUAUCGUGUUUCUCAUCAUCUCCAUUUCAAAAAAAAUUAAUUUUCACUUCAAGUAACUUACCUCGUUCACACCGUCACAAUUUCAUCGAUUACAGAUAUAGAUACUGUAAAUAUAUCUAUGAAAUCAAACUAAAUUUCAAUAAAAAACGGAACCAGUGAAGAAAAUGGUGGAGAGAAGAAAGCCUCUGGUUCUGUGUUCCACCAAAAAUGUCAUCAAUUCCUUAUUGAACUCUUCAACUUCUUCAAUCAAUGAAUUCCCCAAUUUGCAUUUACCGGUUGGAAUUCUCCGAUUAUCCAACAAAUUGCCUUCUCUUGAUCACUCUGCACUCAUUGCUCUAUCCACUUCUCUUCUCAAAAGACUUUCCAUCACUUCUGGUUCACCGGUUUUGAUAAAAAAUGCUGAAAUGAACACGCAGAGGAUUGCAGUGGCUAUUGCUCUUGACCCUCCUAGCAAUGACAUUGACACCCUUGAUAUUGAUCACUCAUUAUCCGUUUCUUCUAGAAUAAUGCUUGUUUUUCCUUCUUGUGAUUUUCCUCUCAAUGGCCCUUUGUUAAAUGGCGAAGUUGCUUAUUUGUCUCCUCUUUUGGCCUUUAAUCUUAACUUGCACAUUUCAUGUUUGAAAUCGGUUAUUCACCAUGGCCAAGAUGCUUUAUCGUCUUAUUUCAAAUCUCAAUGUCAAGUGGGUGAUGAGGAUGCCGAUAAAAGCAUUGAGGAUUCGGUCAUUAAUAUAGAGUUGGUGCCACUCGCUCAACCUCCGAGAUUUGCCUCCCUUUUGAGGGUUGCUUUUGUGAAGAUACCAGAAUGUGGUAUCCUUGAUUCCAUUAAACCAACUUCAGAGGUUGAAGCCAAAGAACGUCAAGACCUGAUUGACUUGGCAUUGCAGAAGUACUUUGAAGUUGAUAGAUAUUUGUCAAGCGGAGAUGUUUUUGGAAUUAGCAUUAGUUGGAACUGUAAUUCCACUAUUUGCAUUCCUUGUAACCAAAACACACAAAAGCAAAAUGACAACCGUAUCUGUUUUAAGGUCAUUGCUAUGGAACCAUCAGAUGAACCAGUUCUCCGUGUCAAUAAAACCUUAACUGCGUUGGUGUUAGUAGGGAAUUCUCAAUCUGCCCUUCCUCCAGAUUUGUUAAUUGCUGGACCAGAAGGGCCUGUGCCCUUGCAAAGAGACACAGUGAAGAUCUUGGCUUCAAUACUUGCACCAACUUUAUGUCCAUCAGCACUCUCUUCCAAGUUUAGAGUUUCAGUGUUAUUAUAUGGCUUGGCAGGUUGUGGGAAAAGGACCGUUGUUAGAUAUGUUGCUUGUCGACUGGGCCUGCAUGUGGUCGAAUAUAACUGUCACGAUCUAAUGGGUUCCGAUAGAGCAUCUGUUGCUCUAGCUCAAGCUUUCAAGACUGCUCAAAGAUACUCGCCAACAAUACUUCUUCUUCGUCAUUUUGAGGUAUUUCGAGAUUCACAUUCACCUGAGAUUUCACCAAAUGAUCAAAGAGGCAAUGCAUCUGAAGUUGCAUCAGUUAUUAGGAAAUUCACUGAGCCAGUUGGUGAACAUGAUGAUAGUAACUCUCUGAUGAAAUCAAAUGGCGAAUUUGUGGACAAGAAUUCUGAAAAGACAAGCGGGCAUCAGGUCCUGUUGAUUGCUGCAGCUGACAGUUCAGAGGGUCUACCUUCAACCAUCAGACGCUGCUUUAGCCAUGAAACAAACAUGGGGCCUUUGACAGAAGAGCAAAGGGCAGAAAUGCUAUUGCAUUCACUGCAAAAUAUUUAUGGACUCCACUCUAAUACUGAUUUAGAGGGUUUUGUAAAAGAAUUAGUUGGACAGACAUCUGGUUUCAUGCCCAGAGAUAUGUGUGCUUUAAUUGCAGAUGCUGGUGCCAACUUAUUUCCCAGCAGCGAUGCUGAAGCAGACAAAGUUGAACCUGAAGGUGCAGAUAGUUCUCUUAGUUCAAAGGUGACAGAGGACAACAACGAGUCUGAAGUUUCAGCUCGAAAACCUGGGAAAGAAGACUUGGUGAAUGCCUUGGAACGAUCAAAGAAAAGAAAUGCGUCAGCAUUGGGUACUCCAAAGGUUCCAAAUGUAAAAUGGGACGAUGUUGGUGGGCUUGAAGAUGUCAAAAAAUCAAUCCUGGAUACUGUUCAGUUGCCUCUCUUGCAUAAAGAUCUUUUUGCAUCUGGGUUACGCAAACGGUCUGGUGUUCUUUUGUAUGGUCCUCCUGGAACUGGAAAAACAUUAUUAGCAAAAGCAGUUGCUACAGAGUGUUCCUUAAAUUUUCUUAGUGUGAAGGGUCCUGAACUGAUCAACAUGUACAUAGGCGAGUCUGAGAAAAAUGUUCGAGACAUUUUUCAGAAGGCCAGAUCAGCCCGACCGUGUGUCAUCUUCUUUGAUGAGCUUGACUCUCUUGCACCAGCUCGGGGAGCUUCUGGAGAUUCUGGGGGUGUUAUGGAUAGAGUGGUUUCGCAGAUGCUUGCAGAAAUUGACGGCUUAAGUGAUUCAACACAGGAUCUAUUUAUUAUAGGUGCAAGUAAUAGACCAGAUUUGAUAGACCCGGCACUUCUUCGCCCUGGUCGUUUUGAUAAAUUGCUAUAUGUUGGUGUUAACUCUGAUGCAUCUUACAGAGAGCGGGUACUGAAAGCUCUUACGAGAAAGUUUAAAUUGCAUGAAGAUGUUUCACUUUACUCCAUUGCAAAAAAAUGUCCACCAAACUUCACCGGCGCAGACAUGUAUGCCUUGUGUGCAGAUGCUUGGUUCCGCGCUGCAAAACGCAAAGUUUUGAAUGCAAAUCCAGAGUCCUCCAACCCAGAUAAUGAAGCAAAUUCUAUUGUUGUUGAAUAUGAUGAUUUUGUCCAGGUCUUAGAAGAGCUUCAGCCUUCCCUCUCAACUGCGGAGCUUAAGAAGUACGAGCUUCUUAGAGAUCAAUUUGAAGGCACCUCUAAAUGAGUUUUGGACGGAUAAACAAUCAAUCAUGAACCAUUAAUUUUUCCAGUAUAAUAGGGGGCUGAAAUUCUUACAGUCACAGUAGCAUGCAGUCAAACAAUUUUGGUCAAAAGAUUAAGAUUGGACGACUUACAUUUCAGCUUCUCCAAAUCUGAACACAAUUUGUGUAAUCUAUCAGAUGGGACAAUUGAUCGAAAUCUUUAAAUGCGGGACUACAUGAAAUGUGUUUCGGAUUUUCUGUAUAUAGUAGGCUUCCAGCCAUGUAAUAUGCACCAUUUAUCACCAUUUAUUUUUGGAAAGUAAAUUAUGAUACAUCAUAUUUAUUUCAAUUGCACAAUAUGAAUGUAAAAGUGAGUAUUUUGUAUAGAAAGGUAUACAGAAUAUUUGUCUUGGAUAA